UCCUCUCCUCUCUGCUCGGCUCGUGCAGCUCCUCUCUGCUCGGCUCGUGCAGCUCGGCUCGUGCAGCUCCUCUCUGCUCGGCUCGUGCAGCUCGGCUCGUGCAGCUCCGGGGUCCCGCUCCAUUUCACGCCCUCCAUGGCCGCAGAGCCUCCGCUGUGACCGGCUGCAGCCGCUGAACCACCGCGGGAAUCAAACCUGGAACUUUUUCUUCUUCCUUCUUUCUCUCUUUCUUUUCCCGCGUCAUGUCUUCCGGCACCACCAACACAAAAACGGGAUUCUCCGUGCGGGACAUCCUGGCUCUCCCCGACCCGACGGGGAGGUGCGGUUGCUCCGGGACCGAGGAGGCGGAGGAGGACGAUAAGGAGGAGGCCUCCGCGGAGGCUCCGGGCGCGGGAAACCCGCAGACACUGGGAUUUAGCGGCCGGAGUUUGUGCGAGCUCGGCGGCGGCGGGAACCUCGGCAGGUGGAGCUGCGGAUCCGGUAACCUGCACUUCUCAUUUCACGGUCUGUCCUUCAAGUCCCGCACCGAGCCCAAAUCCCCCGACCUCUCCACGGACGAGUCCCCGGACGCGGAGCGGGAUUCAUCGGGCGGCGACGCGCAGAGGAGCCGCGGCAGGAAGCGGCGCGUGCUCUUCUCCAAGGCGCAGACCUUCGAGCUGGAGCGCCGCUUCCGGCAGCAGCGCUACCUGUCCGCCCCGGAGCGGGAGCACCUGGCCGGGCUGAUCCGCCUCACCCCGAACCAGGUGAAGAUCUGGUUCCAGAACCACCGCUACAAGAUGAAGCGCGCCCGGACCGAGCGCAGCCUGGAGGCGCUGCAGCUGCUGCCGGGCCGCCGCGUCACCAUCCCGGUCCUGGUGCGGGACGGGAUGCCCUGCGACCGGAUCAUAGUGCAGGAGCUGGAGGCGCCCCUCGGGUCCGGCCUCAGCCUGCCUCUGUGCGCCUACUCCCCGCUGCUGCACCCCGCCUAUGGCCCGGAGCACCCCGGCCUGCCGCAGCAGCACCCAGGGGUGCAGCACCUGGCGCACAUGUACCACUGGAGCUGGUGAAGCCGGAGCAACACUCUGACCGAGAGACACGUUUCCACACGAAGAAGAAGUCCACGGUGUGAGCUCGAGUUGGGCCUGAAAGUGAUCGAUCCGUCCUCUGAUCGAUAAUUAACACUGUUCAGAAAGUGAGAAAAUUCCCGCUGUAAUUUGCGGGAAUUUGCUUUAAUUCAGAAAAAUGAUCUUUUCCAGGAACGAGAUGCGUCUUGAAACGAGGCAGAAGAAAAGAGGAGCAGAAACACAAUCUGAAAGCAAGUCUUAAUGUCUUAUUUUCUUCCUGCUGGCUUCCGGUUCCUUUUUAGAGAAUUGAAUCGAUUAGACGCGAUUUCCCCUAAAAUCAGUUUUUCUGUCUCAUCUGUUGAUUCUAUUGUUUUUAUUUCUGACGCCGGAUGAAGCUGCUCGGCCUCUUGUUAAAUCCGUGGACAAACAGACUGAACUGAUCAAACCAAAUGUUUGUUUAUUUGUUUGUUUGUUUUUGGAGAUUUUCUGUGAGUUUAUUUGUUGUUGUGUUUGUUGUGUUUGCUGCAGAAGAGUCACUUUUAUCGCGAGAAGUCGUCGCCCUGUGUUUUGUAAAUCUAUUUAUAAUGUUGCGUUGUGAGUUGUUUUGUAAUAAACUGGAUAUUUAUGACGGUGAAUAAACG